GAGUCACGUAGCUGUUUACGGAAACAGUUUUACGUCAACACGUGUGCUUGAGUAUUGUUUCAGGCGCACUUGGUACGUGAAUCUUUGCAUGUUCGCAGUUAGAAGGAUUACAUCGAAAAUCGUCGCCUUUACCUCUCACACAGACGUUUCAAACUAGGAUCUGUCGAGCGAUGAGGAGCCUCGUCUACAUGCGCCGUGGAGAAGUAGUAGGAGAAGGACAGGGCUUCGUUUUGACGAUCUGACCCUGUGGAGUCUGUGCAAAAACUAUCAGAACAUAAACUCAAAGCUGCCCUUUGUAACACAGAUGCAACACGGUGUGGAUUUGUGAGUUAAGGAGACAUGAUUUUGAGGAAAAUUCAACCAGGAACCUGCAGAGCAUGGCUGACUCGGGUUUCCUUGAAGCAGGAGCUGUGUUUCUUCUACUCUGUGCCCCCACAGCCGGUGCCCCCUCUGGCGCAGACCCUGCAGGGCUACCUGAAUGCUCUGGAGCCCCUGCUGCCCUCUGAGGAGCUCAGGCACACCCACAAGAUGGUGCAGGAGUUUGGCAAGCCGGGAGGCCUAGGUGCACAGCUGCAGGAGGGGCUGGAGAAGAGAGCCAGACACACCAAGAACUGGAUCUCAGACUGGUGGGUGCAGUGGGCGUUCUUGGAGAGCAGACUGCCGCUGCCUGUGCACUCAAGCCCGGCCAUCUCUCUUCCCAGGAGAGAUUAUAACGACUGGAGGAGCCAGCUGGUGUUUGCAUCCAAACUGAUCACAGCAGUUCUGGACUUCAAGGCCAAAAUCAACACCGGCCAGCUACCAGUCGAGUACAUGCGAGGGAAGCCUCUGUGCAUGGAGCUGUACCCGCUCCUCUUCUCCUCCUGCAGGAUCCCCGGUCCCAAACACGACCUCAUCGCCCCCUAUGGUCACGCCCGACGCUCGCCAACGCACAUUACGGUGGUCAGGAACUACCAGGUAGGAUGUGCCGGCAGAUGUUUCUCUCUUGUUGAUUCAGCAUCAUUUAUCACCUGUUUAGGAUUGUGAAUUACACAACAACAAACAUGAUGGGUCUUGUGCAGUCACACCUACAGUUUUGUUUGUUUGUCACUGAUAUCAUGAGUUCAGAUCAACUAACCUAGUUAAAAUAAUCAUUACUUCCUGUUUUCAAAUAGCAGUGACACAUGGGCCUGUGAUACCAUCCACUGCUCCAUAUCAACCCUGAGAUUCAUUUAUAACUAUUAACAGUUGAUCUGCAGAAUAUUUUCUCUCUAUAUAUAAUGUCAAAUGCUCAUUGCAGCUUUUCCCUGCCCAAAUCUCAUUUUGUCUGAUCAAUAGUCCAAAGAUAUUCAGUUUACAGUGGUAUUA